CUAGAGAGGGCGCUAGUUAUUACUGUCAAAAUUAUGUUUACAUUCUUGAUUGACCUUUCAUUUGAUCAUCUAGCGUUCUAGAAUGCCCCAACAACAAUUCUGCGCUAACCUACUUGAAGUACCAAAGUUCGCCUAUUGAAGUGUGACUUUGACUUCAGAUGAUGGCCAAAGCUAGCAAGUUCUCCCAACGGCAAAUGGAUGAUGAGUUUGAACAGUUUUUGAAGGAGUCUUUUUCAGAUGACUCAGUGGACUCGGACAGACUCAAUAAGUAUUUUGCCAAGACCAAGCAGGAGGAGCAACGGAAGAAGAAGGAAUCUCAGCCAUGGUGGAUGCAGGACAAUGAGGCUGAUGAAGAUGAAGAUGCCUCCAAGAGGGAGAAGGCCAAGGGGAAACCAGCAGCAGAAAACAAAUGGCUGAAGCCCAAGAAACAAUCAACUCCACUCAAAGACAAUGAUGAAAAGACGGAAAAGGCUCAGAAAGCAUCUUCACAAAAGGUCCAAGGCAUCCACUCCAGUAUGAACAAGAAGAAGGUGGACAUGAGCAAAGACAGCUUGGAGGACUUGACCAUGAGUGGAAGGCCUGAUCACAGCAUGCCAAUAGAUCGCAGUGGUGUGAUGCCCACCCAGGCAAGUUUUGAAGAAACUUUAAGUUAUACAGAAACCGGUACCUCUGAUGGACUGACUCCAGCCUCCACAGGCCCAGGGAUGGACACAUUGGAGGAACAGGCUGACAAGGAACGCUUCUUCAAGGACUUGGAGGCAAAGCGUGGCGGGAAAGUGGACUAUCGGAAGCUCAUGAAGGAAGCCGAUAUGUCGAAUACAAUGGGCAGUAUGCGCUCAGGCAACCUGUCAAUGACAAUGGGCAGUAUGCCCUCGGCAUACAUGGGAACGGCUGAUGAGCACAGUAGCCCACUUCCAUACAAACCAUCUCCAGUGGAAGAGGAUGAUUAUGAAGAUGACAAUGAUCAAGACCAAACACCACCCACUGCAUCAGAAACUUCACCCUCACAACCCUCAUUACAACCCUCCAAACAAAUGAAAUCUCCCAAAAAGGGAAUGCUGGCUAAAGUGGCCUUAUUGGAUACGGGAGAGUCCAUGUUCGAUACUUCUGGACUUCAAGGGGAGGCCACUAUAAAGAAAAAGGACAGGGACUAUCUGGCAGCUGGGGACACAAAGAUGGGGGCCACCAAUAACUUGACUUUAGGAAGUACAGGGCUGCUGACAGGUGGGACUGCGACUGAAUUUGAGGCAUUACAGGCCGCACUGAGAGAGGCAGCAAACACUCCCACCAUGGACUUCAGUUCAACAGGGAUGGGACUGGAUGCCACACAAGAUGGAACACAAUCAAGGACUGUUGACGACAUUAUUCGUGAGGUGAAUAACGAAAAGAGAAAGAUACUUGAAAAUGCAGAUGACAUCAUGAGCAGACUGAGAAGGGAUGACGAGGGUGAAGGUGGAAGGUCGGAACAGACCAAUGAUUUGCAACCAGCCAAUGAGAGCAGAGGGUUUAACUUGCAGCCAUCCAAUGAGAGAAGAGGGUUUGAUAUGCAAACAGCCAAUGAGAGCAGAGGGUUUGAUUUGCCACCAUCCAAUGAGAGCAGAGGGUUUGAUUUGCAACCAGCCAAUGAGAGCAGAGGAGUUGACUUGCAGCCAUCCAAUGAGAGCAGAGGGUUUGAUUUGCAACCAGCCAAUGAGAGCAGAGGGUUUGAUUUGCAGCCAUCCAAUGAGAGCAGAGGGUUUGAUUUGCAACCAGCCAAUGAGAGCAGAGGGUUUGAUUUGCAACCGGCCAAUGGGAGCAGAGGGUUUGAUUUGCAACCGGCCAAUGAGAGCAGAGGGUUUGAUUUGCAGCCAGCCAAUGAGAGCAGAGGGUUUGAUUUGCAACCGGCCAAUGAGAGCAGAGGGUUGGAUUUGCAACCAGCCAAUGAGAGCAGAGGGUUUGAUUUGCAACCAGCCAAUGAUGUGCAUCCAAUCAGUGCGGAUGACGAGAAUUCACAGAGGAGGAGCUCUCAAAUGAAACCAAAAAGAGCCAGACAGACAAGAGCAGCUGGUAGCAAGGCAACUGUUCCCCGGUACUCGCACGUCAAAGGCUCCGGCUAUGGCAAACCCAAGAGUGCCGCUGUGUGGUCACCAGUUGAUGCAGCCAAGCAAAGGGUCAAAGGGUCAGAAGUACCCCGUCUUCAAGAUCGACCUCCAGUAGGGGUCGGCAAGAAUAUCAUGGCAUCUGUAGAGUCGUUUGCCCAUUACAUUCAGGACCAUUUUGUGGAUUCGGGAAAGCAAGAACCACCAAAGUCUCCACCAAUACGACCGCAACGUUCAACAGAAGAUCCCUUGCUCUCUGCAAGCAUGCGCGAGUCCCGCCUGCAGCUUGUGUCCCGAGAGAGGGCGCUAGUCAAUGAGGUGUCGGAAUGGCAAGCCCAGUGGAAAGAGGAACACAAGCUCACUGCUAAACUCAAGGCUGAGAUGGCAGCGCUGCAGAGGGAGGCUGCACGAAAAGAGGAAGAGUUGGCGUUGAAUCACCAGAGGGAAUUGUUCAAACUGAAACAGGAUAACUUUGUCCUUCAGGCAAAGUUAAACACAGUGGACGACCAGCAGAAGGCCAGAAAACAAACUGUCUCUGGUCGAUCACUAGAGGGCGCCACAGAGGAAGAAGUCAAGCUGAUGCAGAAAGAAAUCAUUGAGCAGGAAACGCUACUGCAUGGCUACCAACAGGAGAAUGAGAGGCUUUACAGUGAAGUCAGGAAACUUCAAAAAUCCAACUCGGAAGUUGAAGAGAAGGUAUUCAGGGAAAACCAAAAACUGCAAACAGAGCUAGCCACUGUCAAGGAGCUUCUUGAGCAGAGAGAUGUAGCUCUGAGACACAAGGGUCUAAUCACAGGUCUGAAGAUGCAGCAGGAGAUUGCCGCUGGUAACAACACGGCCAUCUUGGGUGCAGGAAGAAUCGCUGAACUUCAAGUUGAACUCAGGGAAGCAGAGAUGCAAGAUGCCAGUCACAAGCAGAGGAUACGGCAGGCAGAUGAGGCAUCACAGGAGCUGAAGCAACAUAUUGAGACGUUAGUCAGAGAGAAGAACCACGCCCAGGAGAAACUGCAGAAUGUACGAGACGUCAAGCAGAGAGAGUUUCAGGAUAUGCAGCAGCAAUACCAGCGUGAGAUUGAGACAUUACAGAAGAAGGUCCGAUGGUACGCUGAGAACCAGGAGUUACUAGACAAAGAUACCAACGCUCUAAGGGAGAAAGAGGAAGAAGUCAAACGUCUCAAGGACACGCUGGAGAAAGUCAAUAAGCAGCCGAGUCAGAAGACCACUGAAGCCCAGAGAAGAGCAAGAGAGCGAGGGGCUGAUGCCAAAAGAAUACAGGACCUAGAAAGACAGGUAAAAGAGAUGAACGACAUCAUCAGGAAACGUCAUCCAAACUCCCUCCCUGCAUUAAUCUAUGCAGCCGCCUCGGCCAGUAACCCGGACCCCGCCCAAGAUGGCCACCAUGCCUCAGCCCCAGCCAAGUCACACACAGUGGCGUUCCUUGAGGGGAAGGUCAAGAAGAUGGAGUCUGAGCUGGAUGAGAAAGAGUCGGAUGCCAAGAUAUACGCCAGGGUCUUGGAGCAGAAGUAUAACACCAUGAAGUUCCAGUAUGAAGACAGACUGCAAGCGUUAGAGAAACAGCUGAAGGCAAGCAGGCAGCAACACCAGGAAGCAGUCUCUAAGGUACACCCUCACCCCAACAUGGCCUCAUUAGAGAGGGAGCUUGAGAACACUAAGGAGCUACACCAGAAGAAGAUGCUGGAGUUGAAAGCAGAGAAUGAUGAGUUGAGGAGGAAGCUGGUUAGGAGUCUUAAGGUUGCCUGGAUGGAUCAGAGUAAGGAGGAGGGAGGAGGCGGGGAGGUUCAGGGAGACAGCCUACAGAUGAAACUCAUGAGUCUUGCAAAAGAGCUUAGUAAUAAGGACCAUGAAAUAGAGAUGUUAAAGUCCACUUGCGAGAGACUCAUGGAGGAUAAGUUCCAGGCAUUCUCAGCGGGUGAAUCAAGCAGGGUCAAAGAAAAACCAAGCGGCACUAAGAAAUCCAAGAGGUCCAAGUCUGUCGCUGGUCACCUGAGUGGAGGCAAGCAUUAUCAGCCAGAGAACUUCACUGGUACCCAUGUCUCUGAUGUACUGAGUGAGAACGCACAACUUAAACAGCAGAUGGAGCAAAUUGCGCUGGAAAUGGAGCAACAGCGAGUCGGCCUCCAAGCGUCAUUGGCGCAGAGCGAGGGCGCUGUACGUCGUGCCCAGGAGGAGGCAUCUGAGGACAUCGCCAGCCUGAGAGCCAUUCACGCUGCUGAGAUGGAGAGCUUGGUUGCCAAGAGGGCGCUACAGCAUUCUGACAGUAAACAUGCCAAACUCAUCAGCCAACUUGAUUCACAGCAGGUUAUGAUACGACAUCUACAGGAGCAGCUACUGGAUGCAAGGGUAGAUCAAGAUUCUCUUUCUGCUGCACGGGUAAGAGAGCAGCUUCUCAAGACUCAAUUGGAGCAGUUAACAGAGGACUUGAAUGAAGCUAAAAAGAGUCAUAGUCCAGAAAUGCGUCAUUUUGAAGCCCUCCAAGCAAAAAUAGCAACUAUGGAAGCAAGACACAUGAGAAGAGAGCAGGAACUUCAGCAGCUCAUCACCAGAGCCAGGCAUUCCGCAUCGUACGAGAAAGACCAAGAGAUCAGCGGUUACCAACAGAUACUGGCCGCCAAGAACAAAGAGCUACAACAGUUUCGCACAGAGCUUGACGCUAUUCUUGAGGUUUUAAGAGAACUGCAGAGGCAGGGAGUUGUCUUACCCUUACAAAGUCAUAUAGUUCAAUCUCUCUUAAGAUGAUAUAGCCCCAUUGCGUAAAACGUCACAAACUCAAACAGCGCCCUCACUCGGGUCAAAGGAAGAACUAUUAUUGACUUGUGCUCGACCCCAAUGGCCAGCUAUCCAGGAGUGCUGGGAUGGGCUUAGCCUGAACGUCUUACGUCAUUCUUCGAGGCUCGUGAAUAACGCCAGAGACUGGGCAAAAAAAAUUGCAAAACCGGCAAGUAGUUUGACCUCUGACCUCUGUCGUUUCACAUAUAGAUGUGCAGUCAAGUUCCAUUGCGGACUUGAGAGCAGUGACUAUUUGGGCAUCUAUGUUACUGCACGUGCAUUGUAUCCAAUGGGAAUCUCUG